CUGUUGUUAGCUGAUAUAAGUCAAUGUCAAUAUGUCAAAGACCAAAGGAAAAAGAGAGACCUCGUCCAGCAAAGUGUCUUUAUCUGAUCGUCAUCCAAAAAAUGGAGGCUCCGCAGUCGCUUUCGCAUCCAUGGAGAGUUUAGGGAGCUCAUGGAAAAGUAAAUUCCCCAUUUGGCCUGAAUGGAACGAAGCAGAAAUCAACAAGGAAAAGUGGGACUUUAGUAAACCCGAGGAAGGAAAAACAUCAAAAGGAUCUAAUGCACAUAUGCAUCCAAUGUUUGAAGAUCCCGAAGGUAAAGUUGCCUUACCCACGGUUCUCAAGGUGCAUUCAUGGAAGAGACCCAACGAGUUCAUUACAAACAAUACCAAGACGCCAGUUGUGAUUGAAAAUCAAAGUACCUUUGACCUGCUCUCCUCCAAUGACCAUUUGAUGUGCAGUGAGCUGAUCAGAUGGAUCAUCAGUGAGAUCUAUAUCCUCUGGGCCCACUGUAAGAGUACGUCUCCUGAGCAGUGCACAUGGAAGCCCUGGGAGCACAUCUACUCACUCUGCAAGGUCGUAAAGGGUCAUGUGCCACUCUACAAUAACUACGGCAAAUAUGUGGUCAGACUCUACUGGAUGGGCUGUUGGAGGAGGGUAACGGUGGAUGAUUCAAUGCCUUUUGAUGAAGGCAAUAAGCUGCUGCUCCCUGCCUCCACAUGUCCAUCAGAACUCUGGCCAAUGCUGUUAUCCAAAGCCCUGAUUAAACUGGCUAACAUAAAUCCUCGUUCAGAGACUAGUGGAGAAGUGGGAGAAUUCACCUUUAUACCUGCACUCACUGGAUGGGUCCCAGAAAUCAGUCCAAUCAAAUUUACAGGUCUGGACCAAACGUGGGAUUUUCUUCGAGGCACACUGCUCACGUACAGUUACCCAGAUGAGAGUGAAGAAGAGUCCAGACCUCCAACAGCAGCUUCAUCUGUUCUGAAGGACUGCAGUCUGAAAGAAGCAAACAGCCAGAAGAGUGAGAAAAGGCUCCCUGAUGAUUUGGUGUGUGCUGGCUUUUACCCCUUCAGUAUGCACAAAAUGUCAUCAGAAUAUGGGCAAAUGGCAAAAUCUUCUGCAGUGCUGCGUCAGUAUGGCCUAUCUUUAAUGUACAGCCAUAUUGUGUUAUUGACCAGAACUAGAGAUUGUCCGCUGGAACCACCCCCAAAACCUCCCCCUGUGCCCCGCUGGAAACUGAUCCGCCCUCGCAAAGAGAUUGUGAUUUCAGAUGAACCUCAAAAGUUCUCUUUGUCAAAACCAGAGCUGUUCAUUGAAGUUGCCAGUCUGUUCCUGCAGUUCGGCAUCAAGGGCAGCCCUCCAUCGGAAAUGCACAGAAGACAGGGUCAGAGCGCUCAGGGCAGGCGCUCCUAUGAAACCCCUCUGGUGUCCAUUGCUGAGAGCGAGGAGGCUGGGUGCAGAGAAGGCCCCGAGCCUGAUGUGCCUCAACGCACCACUAACUCUCCACACAACAUGGACACAGAGGUCAGUGCAGAGGAGAAGAAUAAGGACAAUGAAGACGUCUGCAGUGAUCGUCUUACAUCCGCCAAGGACCAGCCACAAACCCCUCUGGAACCAUGUGCUCCUGUCAAACCUGUCCUGACUGAGACCUGGGUGGAACUAGAAGACUUCCCAUCAUGUUUUCAAAAUAUGAUCGUGUUUCAUAAACCACAAAACUACCCACACCAAUUCUACAAAUGUCACUUUCUGUCCUCUGUGAUGCCCAAAUUGUUUUCCCAGUCUGCAGCUUGUGCAUUAGCUGACUCUGAGUGUGUGGAGGUGAGGGGCAUUCACUACCUGUGUGUGGAUAGUCUGCAAGCCUCUCAGAUCUUCAUCAGCCUCUCUGCUCUCCUCAUCUGGUCUGACUCAGUGCAGGGCAGGAAAGGAGUACAGUUCAGUUCUGCAGUACUAAUGGUCCAGCCAUAUUCAUGGAAGAAUCUGCAGAGUCAGCUCCCCCUUCUCACUAUCAAGACUUCCUGCACCAAAGCAGCCAAGCUUCACUUGCCCCCAGGGAGACAUGUACUACGUAUUUACACAUCAUCAGCUCUGGGUUACAGCAUCCGGCUUUUCAGUGAGACACCUUUUUCAGUUGGGGAUGAAGAUACCAUACUGCCACAAAUUACCAAGAGCAGUCUUCACUUCACCACGCUGGCAUCAUCCAUCCUGACGGCCUUGUCCAAGGUGGUGGCAUCCUUCUGUGAUGUAGAUGAGUGUCCAACUGCCAGGAGAGCCCUGCUCAAGACCUACUACCCCCAAAACUUCACCAACACAAUGAAGAAUUGGAAACUCUGCACGGUCUUUAACUUGGCGGUUUAUAAUAUGUUUUCCGAAGCUCUUGGGAGGAAGUUAACUGCUGAUGAACAGUUUGCACUUCAUGCUCUCACUAUGGACCCAGCUCUUGUGGUCAAUAAACCACCAUCAAACAUGGGUCAUAUUUCAACAGACUUGAAAAACUGGAUAAACAGAGAACCAACAGAAGAAGAGGAAAAAGCAGCUGCAGUUAUUCAGGCUGGAUUCAGGGGGCACUUAAGCAGAAAGAUUUUUAAAGCAGCUGAACCAGGCUCACCGGAGAAUGCUCGAGCAGCUCAGAUCCUGUCCGACAUGUGGCCAAAGGUAGCAUCUGAUGCAGAGAAACAUGCUGCUCAUCUGCUGAGGUACAUCAUUGAGAAUUGUGGAAGAGAUGCAGAUCUAUAUCCCUGUCAAAAGGACGACUGGGCUAAUAUAUCUUAUGCUGAUUAUUCUACUCAAAUCCAAGACACCAGCAUAUCCUGGUUUAUAGUCUUCAGAGAGGUGUUCUUUGUGACCAAUGAAAUACUUCUGCUGCCAAAAGUCACCUCACAGCUUUCUCCCUGUGUGCUGCAUGUCAUAAAUAAUGACACUGGAGAGGAGCUGAGAACUGUUUUUAACAAAAUUGUUCCUCAUGUUUAUCAACCCAAUCAGCUUGGUUAUACCUUUUUAGCAGAGGCUGUUUCUGAAUCAUCUAAAACUACUACUACAACUAACCCCCUCACUUGGAGAAUGCGCCUCAUCGGUUCUAAUGAGUUCCUUCCAAAGCCAGCCAAUGAGAAAUCUGUGAAUAAAUUUGUACCAAAGGAAUUCAAAGAUUAUUACAUUCCAAACAAACAUAAUAUUAUAUGUCGCCAUAUAGUGGAAGUUACUGCAGAUGUGUUGAGUACUAUUCAGUUUGAAACUUCCAAGUCCGAUGUUAUGAUUCGUGUCUUGAUCCUUGACCAUGGAAAAGAGGUCACCAGGCGCACAGGGAUGGGGCAUAUCAUGAUUCCUGUGUUCUUCUUUUUAGCCAAUGUUGAUGAGAAGAACCAGGACAAACCAAGCAGCCCCAAACAAAGGCACCAAGUGGACAAUGCUCAGCCUCCCACAGAGACCACGACUCAUAAAUACGUGGUGCAAGCAGAGGUGCUAAAUGAGAGCUGGGACCUGGAUGAGUCUCAGCUGGCUUAUGUCCACACACUCCAGGAUCUAGAGAAGAGCGACUUGAGAGUGAAUCAAUCUGCAGACACGCUGGCACCACCCCCCAUUGAACAGCCAAAAACUGAAACGGCUAAACCCAAAGAGAAGGGGAAACCAAAAGAUACCAAGGUCCAGGAAACAAUUAUAGAUCAGUCGAAGGCAUACUGGACGCUGCGUUUGGUCAUUGACAAAUCUGAAAACAUGAAGGUGAAGAAGGACACAGAGAGAAGAGAUGAGAUUAAAGCCCUGAAAAGAGCUUGGGAGACAGCCGAACCGGGACGUGCUGCCAAGGCUUUGCAGUCUCGGCUCAAGUUCCUUGAACAAUUCAAGGAAAAUACAGAGAAUACAGAAAAUAAAGAUUGUGCUCCCUCCAACCCAUUUGUUCCGAUGGACUAUACCCCAUUUAUCAGACAGGAAAAGGAUGUGCCCUCAUUGUACAACACACAGAUUGAAGAGUUACAGACGAGUGAGCGCAUGGAGAAGAUUCAGUCUUAUCGCUUGGUUCGAGAAAAUGUUUUGGAGCUUCGCAAAGAGGAAGAAAUCCACAGAGAGAAGCUCAAGAGAUGUCAACAGGACAUGUAUGCCAAUAUGCAGGCAAACUUGUGGGCGAGCCGUAGGAAGCUGCUGGAAGUGUCCGAUGUGUAUAACGUCUAUAAUGCAGUGGACAAAGAAGAAUCAGAGGAACAAGUCUCUGUGGAGGACGAGCAGAACCCAGGCUCCCAGCAGCAGCCAGCCAAAGCUGCCAAAGCUGCCAAGAACACUGGCAAGAAGAAGUGAUGGACACUGGCCCAGACUGGAACAUUUCUCUUUUAAGACACCUUUAUUAAGUGUGAGGAGAGUCAAUCACACCUCUGGAGUUUGUGCUUGAAGGAUCGCAUAGCACUGCUCCUGACCUGUGCAGAUGCUGAAUAAAAUGUAUACUAUAAAAACUAUAUGCUGUUAUCUGACCUUUUAGCAGCUUUGAGCAAAACAAAAUCUCACUUUAUUUUACAUUGCAUUUGAUGCUUAUUAAUUACAUUAUAAUGCAGUGGGAGUGACCUGUUGUAUUGCAAACCCUCAAACACUUAAAGAGCCCAUAUUUUGCUGUUUUCUGAUCUGUGCUAUAACUUUUCUUCAUCACAAAUAUACCCUGAGUUGUGUUUUGUUUUCAUUCAUGUUUAACACAAACCCUGCAUAUUUACUUCUUCGCUCUAACAGGACCCUAUCUGUUCCACCUUGUGAUAUCAUGUGAUAAUACAGGAAGUGCUCCACUGUGUUUUAAACUUUAUGACAUCAAGGUCGAACAGUGCAUUUUGAGCUUAAUAAUAAUAAUUAGUAAGAAUAAAGAAUUACUCAAACAUGUGUGAAUGAAAUACAA